AUAUUUCCUACAGAACUAUCAACAUAUCCUGGCCUUGGUUUUUGCUGUAAAUGAGAUAAAUGAACACAGUAAUAUAUUAUCCAACAUCAGUCUGGGUAUUCAGAUCUCUAAUAGUUAUUUCAUGGCAAGAUGGACUAACCUGGCUUCAAUGGAGCUUCUCUCAACCCAGGGAAGAUUCAUGCCCAACUAUAAGUGUGAUGUCAAGGACUGGGUGGUUUCUGUUAUUGUAGGACCUAACUCUUCCAUCUUUCCCUUCAUGGCAAAUAUCUUGAAUGUCUACAAAAUGCCUCAGGAUCUAGAAGCUUUAGACCUGAAAAUCUGCGGUAUCUGCUUUGACUUCAUGGAAGAGAUGGUCCAGCCAACAUUUACCAAUUAUGUUGAAAGUAUACUUAAUGAUUUCCGUAAACUAUACAUCAUUAUCAUGAAGAGCAUUGCCAAUGUGAUUGUCCUAUAUUGUGAAAACCACUACACUAUCACUGUUACACUGGUAUUGGUAGAAACUGGAAAGCAGUGCACUGGAGAAGAGAAGUUUGAGAAUGUACCUAUGUCUGUGUUUGACACCACCAUCACUGGGCAGAGUUACAGCAUCUAUAAUGCAGUCUAUGCUGUGGCACAUGCUUUACAAGCCAUGCUUUCCCCCACAUUUAAACACAGAGCAAGAGAAGUCAGGAGAGAAACAUUUCUGAUUCAAAAAGCAUGGCAGGUUCAGCCUCUUUCUGUAUGCAGUGACAAUUGCUAUCCAGGAUACAGGAAGAUGAAAAUCGAAGGGAAGCCAUUUUGCUGUUAUGAUUGCCUUCCAUGUGCAAAAGGGAAAAUUUCAAACCAGAUGGAUUUAGAUGACUGUUUGCCCUGUCCUGAAGAAUGCUAUGCUAACAAGGACCAGGUGCUUUGCAUUAAAAAACAUGCAACUUUCUUGUCUUACAAAGAACCCUUGGGAAUCACCUUGACCAGUGUGGCUUUCCUCUUUUCUUUCAUCUCAGUUGUGCUGCUGGGGAUCUUCAUUAAAUACCAGGAUACUCCCAUAGUCAAAGCCAACAACAGGAAUCUCAGUUAUACUCUUCUCCUUGCUCUCCUGCUUUCCUUCCUUUGCACUUUGCUUUUCAUUGGGCAACCUGACCAAAUAAAAUGUCUCACGCGACAAACUACUUUUAGCAUCAUUUUCUCUGUAGCCCUUUCUUGUAUAUUAGCAAAAACAACCAUAGUGGUCCUUGCUUUCAUGGCCACCAAGCCAUGUUCCAAAAUCAGGAAAUGGGUGGGGAAAAAGCUGACCAACACAAUUGUCGUGUCUUGCUCCCUGGUGCAAGCCACCAUUUGUAGUGUGUGGCUGGCAAUUUCCCCCCCAUUUCCAGAAUCAGACACACACUCCAUGGUUGAAGAAAUUGUCCUGGAAUGUAAUGAAGGUUCACCCAUCAUGUUUUACAUUGUCCUUGGCUUUAUGGGGUUCUUGGCUGCUGUCAGCUUCACAGUGGCCUUCCUAGCCAGGAAGUUACCUGACAGCUUUAAUGAAGCCAAAUUUAUUACCUUCAGCAUGUUUGUCUUUUGCAGUGUCUGGGUGUUGUUUAUUCCCACCUAUCUGAGCACCAAGGGAAAAUACUUGGUGGCUGUGGAGAUCUUCUCCAUUUUGUCUUCAGCAGCAGGAUUACUGAGCUGCAUCUUUUUCCCAAAAUGCUACAUUAUUGUGCUGAGGCCUGACCUGAACCGAAAGAAACAGUUGAUAAAGAAACAAAAUUGA